CCUCAACCGUUCACUGAUUUACCAUGAUUUCGACCUCCUCGAUAACCCAAUAAACUGCGCCGCCCUUUUAGCUACAAGCUAAUGAGACCGCGACAAUGGCCCUCACGCUCUCUCCCGCCAAGCUCGUGCUGCUGGCGGUGCACCUGGCCGUCCACGGCGACAUCGACGGCUUGACGACCCUCGCUGCCCGUCACGGUACCGUCCUCCGAAAGGACCUGCUACUGCGCAUCCUCCUGACCUACCUACCCGAGGCCGUUCCUUCCAACCAGUACGUCGAAUUGAUCAGCCAGCUCGAAAACAGCAGCUUUCCAGACACGCCUGACCACGACGUCGAUUGCUCGCCCGUCGAGGGCCUUGCCGAGCAUGACGCCACAAAGAAGGUCAGGAAGCUCCGCCUGCUUUCAUUGGCCUCCCCAGAAAUUCCGGACGAGUCUGGCGAAGAUGCGCUCUCACUGUUCUUGCUGCGGCGGUCCUACAGGGUGGACGAGGAGGCCGGCUUGCUCGAUGAAUUGCCCGCCUUGCUGCUGCCGUUCAUGAAUCAUUCGCCAUGCAUACGGACACUGUUGGUUUCGACAAUACUGCCGCUUUUGAGGCGGAACUGCGAGUACUAUCCUCAAGAACCCAUUUUGUAUACCCUCCAUGCCUUCCAACAGCUGCCGGACCGCGUUGCCGUGAACCUACUCUUGUCGCGAACGGGCGUUGGCGACGUCGACCUUCCCCUGGUCGGCCGAGACCUGAGGGGCUUGGUUGGCCCAUGGCUCUCCGACGAGAGGAGAUGGAAGCAUGGGAAACCUACGGUGGACUCGCCCGGGGAGCCAUUGCCGAGCAAAAGAACGGCUGAACUCUGCCCUGGUUGGGACGAAGUGCUGCGGUGGCUCACCACACAGGCGUCGAGGAACUGGAAGGUAGGCGUCAGCGCAAUACUGCAAUGGGAUGGGCCGGGUGAUGUCGACCUUGAAGGCUGGGGAUCAGCUGAACUCAGUGACGACCGGCGGCGACACCUGGACCAGAGCUACGCGCGGGCUGCGCUCGCUUCCGCAUACCUCAUUCCAGAGGCAUCACUCGAUGCCUUGGAAGGGGCUUACGGCAUUACUGUCAAAGUUGCCCAACUCCGUCAUCUCGAGCCGCUCUCCCCCCUUGCUUCGGCAUCGGCCGUUCUGCCACCCAUCGCCGAGCAGAUCCCGGGCGACAUGGUGUCCGCGAGCAAUGCGGUGCACAUGCGCAACGAACUCCUCGCCCCCUCAAACCCUCUAACUGCGCCAACCGAUGCGUCAAUACCAUUCCUGCAGGCCUUGAUCUUGAGCGCGCAUAUCCUCACCAAGGCAGGUUGUCCCUGCACCGUCCGGAGAGCCGGCGAGCUUGUGCUCCUCCAAGAUGAGCGGGAGCAGACGGCCGAGGCAGCAAAGCUUAUUCACUGCAUCAGCAACAACGGCCCCAAAUCAGAUGAUAAGUUUUGGCUCAAGGCAAGGAAUGAGAUAUUGUGGCUCAGAGACUGGGGCGCUGAAGAUAGCUGGUCAUCUGAGGAACUGGCCUGUGGCAUCUUCAGCCAGGUGAAACGGGGUUUUCUAGAGGUCGAGUUUUUGAGGGCUCUGCUAGCCAACACUCGCUAUGCACUUGCGCGGUCAAUAUACGAGGAUGCGCCGGACCAGCCGCUCGACCGGGAGGCCUUGCAAGACACCAUUUACGAGACGGCAAUGACCGCCUACGACAAUGCCUCCAAUCCCAAUCGCACCCGCGGCGGCCUCAAGAAGUGCGAUGACAUAAUCAAGGCAUUCCCCAAGACAAUCCAAAGAUCAGAUCCCCAAGCCAAGCGGGUCGAAGCUCUCCUGCAAGCAACACACUCACUGAGCGAAUACCGUCUCGUCUUCAAACAGGGCGAGCCCUUUACACCCGUCGUCUUACGGGUCCACCCAGACCCGAUAUCCAUCAUCGGCAAGAUCCUCGAGCAGAAUCUCAAGAGCUACACCCAUCUCCACGACCUCCUCGUUCUCGGAACGCGCAUGGUAGAAGCGGGCCUCACAAACCGCAACAAUACCCCGCUCACCCAAGAAGAAGAAACCACCCACCGCUUCACUGCCGAGCGCCGCAUCACAGCAAUGUGCAUUAACGCCGCCCUCCUUGAAGAUGACUUCGAAACGGCAUACUCCUACGUCGUCAAUCGCCUUGCCAUCACCACUACCGCCACCAUCACCACCAUCACCACCACCACCACCACAUCUCCCGACGACUACUCGUGGAGAGCUGCCCUCCAAGCAGGCAAAUUCCGCCGCACCGCCCACACCCUCACCCCGCACCACCGGAGCGGCGGCGGCGGCAGCCUAUCCAGCGCCAACCCAGACGUGCGUCACCUCGAGCAGCGCAUCGAGUGCCUCGCCACAGCGCUCCGCGUCGCACCCGCCUCCACGCUGCAGGAGAUUGUCAACGCCUUCCGGCGCGCAGAAGAGGAGCUCGAGGUGCUGGUCCGGGAGGAAGAAGAGAGGGAAAACGAGUGGGAUGCCAGGGGCGAUAACCUGCGCAGCAGCGGCAGCAACAGCACCACUACUACUAUCAAGAUACCGGGCGGGUUCGCCGUCCCCUCCACUUCCUCCCCCUCAACAUCAACACCACUAUUAUCAGCCCGCCACCACCACAUUAAGACAACUUCUGCCUCGGGCAGGAGGACAUCAGCAGCAGCAGCAGCAGCCGCAGGCACCAAAAGAGGGGACGCAGACGAGGACGCCGCGCCCAUGUCGCUGUUUGACCUCAGCCGCGCGAGCGUGUUGUCUGCGCAGCGGAACCUGUCAGCCUUGUCGGGGCUUCAGCGGUCGGCGGCUGGCUUCGGACGGCUGGCGGGGGUUGGCGGCGGUGGCGGUGGCGGUGAUGCCGGUGGUGGUGGCAGUGGUGGGAGGAGCAGCCUGGACAUGCCGCCGCUUUCGGCGUCGGGGUCGACGGCGUCUGCUGCUGGGAGCGCGGACGGGAGCGAGGAGGCGGGGACGAACAAGAGGUUGCGCAAGAGGGACCAGUUGAGGGAGGCGGCCGUGGGCACGCUGGUGUCGGGGGUUGGGUGGUUGGUUGGGGCGCCGCCACCUACACAGUCGGGGAGUCAGUGAAUGUUGUGCGGUGCCUUGUGUCAUGCAAUGGCUUGAUCUUGUGUAAGGGAAGGUUGGAAUUACCAUGGUUAUACCCAUGGUUUAGAAGGAAUGACGGUUGUGCGUCACUCAAAGUGCAGAGCACGGAGUGGUUCAAACAUGCACCACAAUGCGGCAGGUGUGGGGAGAACCAAGGCCGAAUCAAACCAUUCCACGCUUGCAUGUUGCUCCCGUCCCUGAAAGAGUGGUCGAACCCACUCGAUGUUGAAUUCCCACAACAUCUCCCAAACUCCAUCCUCUAAUUAUCCUCUUUGCGUUCCUUGGACCAGUACACUACACCGUGACAAAUGCCUCAUCUAAUGCGG